AAGUUCAAACAUGAAUUUUUUCAGUCACAGAGAGACAUUCUUUUUUUUGCCUGUCAAGAUUUGCUUUUCAGUGUCUGUGAUGAGGAGCAACACAGGGACAAACACUUGCAAGAAAAAAAACCCAUACGGCCAUACCUAUGUUUGGAUGGAACAGAGUAUGCCUUCGACGACUCUAACAUACAAUUUUCCUUCGAAGAGAGUACACAACUGUCAUGAUUCUACGGUUUUGGUAUCCUGUAAUAUUUUGAUCGUCGAUAGAUAAGAUGCAAUGUAUUCUAGAGUACUGGUUUAUUUUAUAUGACUGUUUAUCUGGAAAUGUAGAACUUUUUCUUUUCAUUUUUAUCAGUUUACCACCUUCAGUAUAGAAAUGGAUAAAUGUCUGUACAGCUUAAAACUUUUCAUUUGUAAAGUUUGUAGAUGCAAAUGUGAGAAAUGACUUUAUAUAUAUGAAGCUCAUUUGAUAUAUAAAGUCAUUUGAUUAAAUGAUUAUUUUUGUGUGAAUAUAAGUGGAGCUGUGCAUAUGUGAAGUUUCAAUAUUUUAUGAAAUUAGAUUUAGAUCUAUUGACAUACAAUAAUAUAAAUCAUGCAGACCAACUUGUGUUGCAGCUUAAUUUUAGUGAUAUAUCUAAAACAUGUCCCGUGAAACACUGUCAAAGGUGUUGUUUGGACGGAGAAAAGUUCUCAAUUCUCAUUUUUCUUCUGUUACUUUGAUCCUUCUUCCACUCCUCUAUCUAAACUUUCUCUGUACUUACCUACUUUGUCCAUUCACAGUUCUAUCAUUUGCUGUUAAUUACACUCCAUUCUUCUUCUUCUUGUUUCAAGAUAUUUUUCGUAUUCUUUCACUGCUUAUCUUCUUGAUGUAUCGAUGUUUUUUCCAGCCAAAGUCUUUUUUCGGUUACAUAUUUACCACUGAAGUGUUGGAUCAGAGAGUUGCGGAGAGGGGCUACUAGGGGUCAUCUGAAAUUAGAUCUCUAGCUAGUUCUUCCCUCUCCAGAAUCUCGUUUUUUAUGUUUGUUCCAUUUCCUAUUGCAGGAUUUUCCAUGAUGAAUGUGUUUAAGAGAUUGGUCCUGUUGAAUGCUGUAGUGUGUUGAUUCCUGAUGGCGAAAGGAAAGAUCAGGUCGAAGCUGAGGAGCAGUCUAUACACUUUUUCAUGCACCAGUACUCCGAAUAAAGCAGCUGAGGCUGAAGAACUACAAGGCUCUGUGUACUCAAGACUAGUGUACUGCAACGAGCCUCAUCAGCUCAGUUACAACUCUAAUAGCACAUCUACGACAAAAUACAACAUUGUCACAUUCAUUCCAAUUGCACUCUUUGAGCAAUUCAACCGCGUUGCAAAUGUUUACUUUCUGAUUGCUGCAAUUCUCUCAGUUACACCAUACGGGCCUUAUGAUCCUUUCAGCGCCAUUGCACCAUUAGCAUUCGUCGUUGGCCUUAGUAUGGUGAAAGAACUCAUAGAAGACUGGCAGAGGUUUUUACAGGAUUGGAAGGUUAAUAUGCGACCAGCACAAGUUUAUACUGGGCAUGGUAUAUUCGAGUCUAGACCCUGGAAAAAGAUUAUGGUUGGUGAUAUUGUGAAAGUCGAGAAGGAUAAAUUUUUUCCUGCAGAUUUACUUCUGCUGUCAUCUAACUAUGAUGAUGGAAUAUGUUAUGUGGAAACAAUGAAUUUGGACGGUGAGACAAACUUGAAGGUUAAAAGAGCUUUGGAAAUAACCAUGGAUUUGGACGAGGAUAAUUCUUUCCGAGAGUUCAAGGCAACCAUAAAAUGUGAAGCCCCAAAUCCCAGUCUUUACACUUUUGAGGGUGAGCUUGAAUACAACAAGAAAACAUACAGUCUUGACCCGAUUCAGAUUCUCCUUCGUGAUUCUAAGCUAAGGAACACGUCGUAUGUGUAUGGAGUUGUGAUUUUCACUGGUCAUGAUACGAAGGUUAUGCAGAACUCGACAAAAUCCCCUUCCAAGAGAAGCAGGGUGGAGAAACAGAUGGACCAAAUUAUCUACAUUCUAUUCAGCCUCCUAGUAAUUAUCUCGAUCAUGAGCUCAGUCGGUUUUGCCUAUUUGACAAAGUUUGACAUGCCAGAUUGGUGGUACUUGCAUGCUCCGGAUGAUAAGAACUUGUAUAAUCCACAAAAGCCCUACUUGUCAGGUUUAUAUCAUCUGAUCACUGCUCUGAUCCUUUAUGGAUAUCUAAUACCUAUUUCACUCUAUGUUUCGAUUGAAAUUGUGAAAGUCUUGCAAGCAAGUUUCAUUAAUAGGGAUAUGCACAUGUACCAUGAAGACACUGACACACCAGCUCUGGCAAGGACAUCGAAUUUGAAUGAAGAACUAGGGCAGGUUGACACAAUUUUGUCUGACAAAACAGGUACUCUGACAUGUAAUCAAAUGGACUUUCUGAAAUGUUCUAUUGCGGGGAUUUCAUAUGGACAACGCCCCAGUGAAGUAGAAUUAGCUGCUGUGAAGAAGAUGUCUAUGGAUUUUGAUGCUGAGGAUCAUGACUUCUCAAGCGCAGUUAGUGGCUUUGAAGAAGAAGGUAACGCGGAGACAGAAGGGACAUCUAAUAAUCAGGACCAUGGACGUCAGAUCAAAGGUUUUAGUUUUGAGGAUAAGCGUCUCACUGGUGCAUGUUGGUGGAAGUUACCUAAACCAGAAAUUCAUUAUAUAUUUUUUCGGAUACUUGCAGUGUGCCACACUGCAAUUCCAGAAGAAAAUGAGGAAGGAGACGGAUACGACUAUGAAGCAGAGUCCCCCGAUGAAGGAGCAUUUCUUGUUGCAGCAAAAGAAUUUGGGUUUGAAUUUUGUAAAAGGACUCAAGGAAGCAUAUUUGUUCGUGAGGCGGAUCCUUCUUCUGAAGAACCAGUGGAAAGGGAGUUCAAGAUUCUCAAUAUUUUGGAUUUUACCAGCAAAAGAAAGCGAAUGUCUGCUAUUGUUCGUGAUGAGAAGGGAGAAAUUUUUCUCUUCUGCAAAGGGGCAGAUGCAAUAAUUUUUGAUAGAUUGUCAGAGGAUGGAAGAACAUUUGAGAAAGCUACAAAAAAACAUCUAAGUGACUAUGGUGAAGCUGGGCUACGUACCCUCGUUUUUGCAUAUAAAAAGCUAGAAGAGGCUGAUUAUAAUGAGUGGAAUAACGAGUUUCAGAAUGCAAAGAAUUCUGAUUCAAGUAACAAGGAUGAAAUGCUUGAGGACUUAUCCGACAAAAUUGAGAAAGAGCUGAAUCUUGUUGGUGCUAGUGCCGUGGAGGAUAAACUGCAGCAAGGAGUUCCUCAAUGUAUUGACAGUCUCGCGCAAGCUGGUCUAAAGAUAUGGGUGUUGACGGGUGAUAAAAUGGAAACUGCAAUCAACAUAGGCUUUUCAUGCAGUCUGUUGCGUGAAGAAAUGCAACAGAUUUGCAUAUCUAUUAAAGACGAGCAAGAACAUGAUGCAGAGCAGGAUAUAAAAUCUGACAUUUCGAAGCAAAUUAUGAGUGGAACUCAAAAGAUGAAACAAGAAGAAGACCCUCAUGCUGCGUAUGCUUUGAUAAUAGAUGGGAAAGCUUUGAAUUUUGCUUUAGACGAUGAACUGAAACAUCAAUUUUUGCAUCUAGCAGUGAGCUGUGCAUCAGUCAUAUGUUGCCGGGUGUCUCCCAAACAAAAGGCCCUCGUCGUUAGAUUGGUAAAAGAAGGGACAGGAAAAACAACCUUAGCCAUAGGGGAUGGUGCAAAUGAUGUUGGAAUGAUCCAAGAGGCUGAUAUAGGCAUCGGGAUCAGUGGAGUCGAAGGAAUGCAAGCUGUGAUGUCAAGUGAUUUUGCUAUCGCGCAGUUUAGAUAUCUGGAGAGACUUCUGGUGGUCCAUGGUCACUGGUUUUACAAGAGAAUUGCUCAGAUGAUUUGUUACUUCUUCUAUAAGAAUAUAGCAUUCGGCCUCACACUCUUUUACUACGAAAUUUGCACUGCUUUUUCUGGUAAUGCAGUUUAUGAUGACUGGUAUAUGAUUCUUUAUAAUGUUGCAGCUACAUCUUUACCUGUCAUGACACUCGGAGUCCUGGAACAAGAUGUCUCCGCUGAAGUCUGCCUAGAGUUUCCAGCAUUGUAUCAACAAGGCCCGAAAAACUUAUUCUUUGGAUGGUACAGAAUAAUCGGAUGGAUAUGCAAUGGAGUUUAUACUUCAUUCAUCAUCUUCUUUUUCAACAUACUGACUCUGUAUACUGAAGCCUAUCGCGUUGAAGGACAAACUCCUGAUAUGAGCAUCAUGGGCGCCACUAUGUUCACUUGCAUUGUCUGUGCAGUCAAUACCCAGAUAGCUUUAUCACUCAGCCACUUCACCAGGAUCCAGCAUAUUUUUAUCUGGGGAAGCAUAGUGGUUUGGUUUCUUUUUCUUAUAAUUUACGGGGCAGCUGUUCCUGAAACUUCAACAGGGUCAUAUCAGAUCUUCCUGGAAACUCUUGCACCCUCUCCGCUAUUCUGGAUCACCAUUCUUCUAGUCGUGAUAGCUUGUAAUCUUCCGUACUUCAUGCACAUCUCAUUUCAGAGGUCUUUUAGUCCGAUGGAUCAUCACAUCAUCCAGGAAAUUAAGUACUACAGGAAAGAUGUUACUGAUCGACAUAUGUGGAGAAGAGAAAAGAGAAAAGGAAGACAUGAAGCCAAAAUCGGGUUCAGUGCAAGAGUUGAUGCAAAGAUUAGGCACUUAAAAGGUAGGAUUCAGAAAAGAGGAGCAGUUAUGGCUGGUCAGGAGAUGCUUUAAUCUUCCAAGUUUUCCAUUUCAUAGUGAGCCGAACUGAAUUUUCUAUAUGUUUAGAUUUUUAACAGGAGAUUGAGUUUUUAGUACCAUGUAAAUAUGCAGAGGUUUAUAUUUAAGUUUUAAUAUAUAAAU